AUGGCGCUCCUUUACCGUCGCCCUGGAAAGGAGGUGAACUUCCUACCAGCGUUUGCAUCCCCACCACCAGACAACCGCAGCGACGCUCGGCAUCGGCACGGCAGGGAAAGACGACGUGCGCGUCAGCAGCGCGGCGACCGUUUUACAAGCAGGACAUGGGACCAAGAGCGCCACGACGGUGAAGGCAGGAAGGCUGGUGCUAGUAGUGGCCCACUGGGGAACAACCAAGUGAUUGGGCUUGUUGUUGCCAUCUUCCUCCUGUCCGCCCUGUGGGACUUCUUCACAGCUCAGAAGUCAGCCGUGUGGCACGCCAUCAAAAACAGCGUUGUAACGACGCUAGAGGUGCGCUCGUCCUCGCAGGAGUUUGCCAUGAUUGUGGAUUGGAUGGGCCGUCAGCCGCGUGGGCAGCGUAUUCGAAACCUAGGCUUAAAGCCGAUCACGGUGCAAGACGAGCAGAGGAUGGUAGGGGGUGAUGUGCCGUCGUCGCUGUCAGACGACGCCGCCGCUAGUGCGGACGCUGAUGCGCGCGUCAUGCUGGUACCGGGCUACGGGAGUCACCUGCUCCGCUUCGGAUCGACGUGGGUGUAUAUUACACGUGCAGAAGAUUCAUCUAAGCAGAAGGCUGCAGCGGCCAAUCGUGUUGAUCGCGAAAACGACAAGCUGACCUUGACCUUCUUCACGCGCCGCCGGGCCGUGGUGGAACAGUUCAUGGCCCAUGUGCAGGAGUCGUGGAGGGCAAAUGUACGCAACACAGUGCACAUCUACCUCAGCGAGGGCUACGGUCCACGGUGGCAUCUCCUGUCCGAGCGCAUCCGGCGGCCACUGUCCACACUGUACCUCCCAACGGAGACCAAGGCUGUUGUCGAGGAGGCGCGGCUUUUUUUGCAGCUAAAAGGCACGUACGCAGCGCUCGGAAUCCCGUGGCGUCGUGGAUACCUGCUCGAGGGGCCGCCCGGUACUGGCAAAACGAGUUUUGUGAUGGCGCUCGCUGGGGAGCUGGGACUCCCCGUCCACAUCCUCUCUCUCCGCAGCGACCACAUGGACGACGACGCGCUGCUGUCGCUCACCAGUAGCCUGCCGCGCCGGUCGAUUCUACUCAUCGAGGAUCUCGAAAAUGUUCUAAAGACACAAUCUGGGGUUGGAAGGAGCGCUGGCUCACCUAAGGCGAGCGACGCAGCUGCUACUGCGGCUGCAGCCGAGACGACCUCGACUGCCCCUGCAUCGCCCUACUCGACGGACAUUGGUGGCGGCCCUCGCUCUGCCAUGUCCCUGAGUGCCUUACUGAAUGCCCUGGACGGCGUUUCCAGCAGCGAGGGGCGGCUGCUCUUGAUCACCACAAACGACACAAGUCGCAUUCCGUUUGCCGAGGUGCUGCUGCGGCCUGGCCGUAUCGAUCGCCGCAUCAGGUUCCAGCCACUGCACGCGGAGCAGGUGCGCGAGAUGGAGGCGUCCUUCCAACAGGCGCUGCAAGCGUGCCCGUGCUCGGCAGUGGAGGAUCUGAGACUGCUCAGUGCGGGCCUACGCGCUCACGAGGACGACAACUCUGUCACCCGCACACCGGCUCAGUAUCAGCAGAAGUUGCUGGACGCCAUCUACGCAUCCUUCAUGUCAAGAUCUCGAUCGGAGAGCAAGGGAGAUUUGUGA